AUGGGGGGUUCUGGAAAUUAUGGAGUUGUGGAUAAACUGCGAGUGGAAUAUUCGCCUUCCCCGUUAGCUGCUGGAGGAAAUGUCAGCCCAGAAAUAAUUUGCAUAAAUUUAAUUCGUCGAAUUCAUUCAUCUGGAUUUAAAUUUCUUCGCCAUCUGCAGAUCAUCUUGGUGGGUGUCAUCAUUGGUGCCUCCUGCCAAGGUCCUCAUUAUCCGUCGUCACAUCGGGCGGCGAUCUUGAGCGAUGCGCGGUAUCUCGCGGGUGAUGGCACAUUCGGCGCGGCGUAUUCUCAAGAGGACGGCGUGGAGUUCAAAGAGGAGAGCGACGUGGAGGGCAAUCGACGAGGAUCAUACUCAUACGUGGAUCCGAACGGGCAGAGGCACACUGUGACCUACACGGCAGGAAAGAACGGCUUCCAGGCGACCGGGGACCACAUCCCCAGUGCACCCCCGCCGGUGCCACCGCAGCCGGAGUACGUGCCGUUGUCGCAAUACAAUCCGCCGGAUUAUCAGCCCCCCAGCUAUGCACCACCGCCCCCUCAACAAUACGCGCGACGCUAUCAAUCGGAUUAUGAGCAGCAACCUGUCGUUUAUCAGCCACGAUUUCAGCCGCAAUAUCAGUAUCGACCGCUACCGCAACCACAGCCUCAACCGCAACUGCAGCCGCAGCCACAGGUGCAGCCUCACUAUCAUCAUCCUCCGGAAUUGCAGAGUAUACCCUCGUAUGCGCCUUCGAGGUCGUACUAUCAGCCUCAGCCCCAACCGCGCCCCGCGCCGCAGUACAAUGCGAUAACGACACCGGCGCCCCGCAAUUUCUACCCACCGGGGAAGCUCGAUUUCAAUCGGACCCCCGAUGGCUUUUCCUACAUGUUCAUCAAAAGUUAGAUGGCAAGUAAGUCAAGAUUAUGAGAAACAAUAAAGUAUCUGCCAUAAUAUUCUCUCAUGAAACUUUUCUGAUAAAAUUCGUAAUUUUGCAAAAAACUUUAAAAAAGAAAGGGUGAAAUGCGUUAUUAAUCAGAAAGUAAUUAAGAAUUCAAAUAUUAAUUUUGUCAAAAUAUGUAAAAUUUUUAGAAUAUCGUAAAAUUGAGAAAUAUAUUAAGUAUAAUAUGUUUUAUAUAUUAUAUUAAGAUAUCUCUUGCUCUUUUUUAAAAGUUGUAUCAAUAGAAUAGAUUUUAUAUUACAUACUUUAAUGUCACUGCGUGACUGCAUCUAUUUUAGCGUGGAACGUAAAAGCCUAAAAUGCCGAGGAAAGUAGAAUCGAACGGCUUUUAUUUUGUUCACUCAUGCAACAUCGAUACAUUGCCUGGCAAUUUCCUGCGCGUAAAUGCGAGCACAAUCACGUGCUGCAUAGAAUCAUCUCACUUUCAUCCGGUAACCUUUGCGCUCUCCAGUAGUGUUGCAAUUGAGAAUCCCACGAUUCCGAAAGAAUUAUGGGAUACGCCCGAUACAUUUGUACAAGAGAGGUACAACAUAGGUUGGAAGCAUGAUAUUAUUCUCUCACGCGUUUCGAUCCGACGCCGCAAUUAUCGUGGUUAAUGUUAUUCGGUAUUAAUAUUGUAAUCAAAAUCUGUCUCCUUCAAUAAUGAGUGACGGUAUAUUUUAUGUUAAUGAAGAUAUUUCAAUUUUUUUCUUUUCACAUUUUUACACGCGUUGAAUAAAAUAUGGAACGAUUAUUAUCAUCUCUAAUAUAAUAUUAACUUUCACUAUAAUUGUAAUGAUUUGAUUGUAAUCUGCAUACAUUAUCAAACGCGAUUUUUAUUUGCCAUAAAAUACCGAUUUCUCUCCGCUCGGUUUUGUUCCGUGACGGACAGCGAUCGCCAACUGGAAACAGUAGAAAAUGGGAGACAAAGGAGCGAUUAUCUCAUUAUCCAGGCUUGCAAGUGAUAAUGCGAGUGUGCCACGCCAUCGACCACGAGGAAAUAAAAAUUACGAAGUCGAGGCAGUCGGCCAUUAUUAUUGUUAGCCAUAAUACGGGCGCGGCACAUGAUCACGGCAAGGCGAACAGGAAUACCCGAACAGGAACUCGGCAACCUUAUAGGUGGGCAGAAAGAAACGAGCAUACCGAGAUAUUUCACGUCAGCCUGACGUCGCCCGUGCAAAUGCAUUGUAAUAUCUCGAUAUGCGAUCAUGUUGAUCAUACUGCGUUUUUAUUACCGUUGCGACAUGUUCAACGUGUUAUCCUCGUGUUAUCCUCGCGUUACCUGCUUGACUCGGAGCUCAUAAAUCUGUAUGCGUAAAAUUAACGUCUGUCCAACAGACAUGAUAAGAUCUUGUGACUUUUUGAUCGUGUUUUAUUUAUAAAGGUAUAUUGGGUAUACAUUUCGUUCCGUAAUUAUGGCAGUAAUAUACAGACUCUGAUUAGCUGCGCGUGGACAUCAACAGUAUAAAAGUAGUCUAAAACGGCUGCUUACAGAGGCAGUGUGGCAAUCGAACAUUCGCACUCCUCGUAACGAAAGGGACGAUGAUCAAAUGAUAAUCGUCGUCUUAUCUUAAAAAAAAAAAAGAAAGAAAGA